AACUGCCAAAAAUAAAUGCGAAAAAAAGUUACAAAAGCACCCAUCAUUUCACUCCUCCCGACCGUUCGAUGAGUAUACACCGAACAAAGAAACAUCGAUCACUGAGAUCCGAGCCAAACUCUUUUCACCAAUCACAAGUAGUAACAGGCUGUGAAACAGCUGCGUUGUCACUCUCUUAGGUCUCACUGUCUCACAGUCACUCAUUCAAAUCUCUCUCUCUUUCAACCAUCUAUGGCAGACUACGAAACCCACCACCACCACCACCACCAAGCAAUCCCAAAAGAAACAGCCUUCCAGGCUCUAAACACCAUAAUCCAGCUCCACUUCGAGAAGACCCUCGAGAAAAAGCGCUCCAUAGACCUCCAAAAGAAGGAGCUCCACAAGCUCUUCCAGCUAUUCUUCAUCUUCUUGGGCCUUGUCUUCUUGGCCCAAGCUCAGUCCCCUCGCCUCCAGUGCCGCCAUUGCUGGGUACCCAUCACACUCCUCUCGCUCUCCCACCUGAUCUUCUACGUGUCAGUGGCGCAAACCCUGAGGUGCAUCAAUGGGUUCAAGUACCAGAGGCGUUGCCACAAGCUCACGCUUGGGCUGGCCACUGAGAAGCUGAGGGAGAUGAAGAUUAGAGCGAGUGGCGCUGCCGGUGGUGGUGACCACUUUGAAGGUGUUGGUGACGAUGAGUUUGAGAUUCACUACCAAGAGCCUCCUGAGAGUUACUUUGGCAAGUUCAAGAGGAACUGGGCUUUGCAUUUUGGCUUCUUGAUCUUGAUCUAUGGAUUUAUGGUCUCAUCCUCUGUUGUCCUCCUUUGUUUUUAGCUGUUCGAUCUUUUUUUUUUUUUGGUUAGAAAUUGAUUUGGUGUCUAUUCACUAGGCAGAUGUGAAGGAUUUGUUGCUAGAUGUAAGAAAUUUCUAUGAUUGAAUUCAAAAUUUUUUUUUCUUCAAUUUAAA